AAUAAUUCUAUGAUCUCCCAUGAGCCCCCCAAUCGACCCCGGCUAUCCGGGCACCACCACUGGAACUCCACAGCCAUCGAUAAUUAUGAACCUAAAUUUUUAGGUUUUAGAAUUCAAUACCGACAGAAUAUCAGCAAAACAAAUACAAAAAGCAUUGCAGGCUGGAUUCACCAUUCUCCAAUCUCACUCAACCAAAGCCCAAAUCGUUAUCACGUUCUGCGAAAAAAUUCCAAAUGCAAAUCGAUGUUUGAAAUCCCAAAUUGAUGGGCUAAAAACUCACCAACGACAAACCCACCUUCACCGUGUUUUGUGGAAAUUUCAGGGAAGCCUUCGGUUCUGCUUGAUCCCAUUGCUAUGCAUUUUUUAUUAUAUUGAAAUGCAUUUUUGGUGCCUUGCAAGUUGGAGUCUGGGUUUUUGAUAGAGGGAUAAGUAUGUUAAACAAGAAAGCAUGUGGUGGAUGGAAGAGAUUCUUUUUAUGCCUACCUGUCAUCUUCUUUUUUGCUUAUAUGCUCCCAGUUUUGAAAUUGCAGCAACACUCAAGUGCACAAUAUCAACACAAAGAGAAGCCAAAGAAAUUUGAUCAUCUAGUUCUUGGACCCGCUUCUGGUGAAGGCGUGCCUGAUCGCCUACAGUGUCAAGGCACCAAGGCUCUUAAUAAGACAUCCGUUAGAACAUUCCCUAAUGAUUCUCGUUCUGAAGAUGUUGUCGUGUUUGUCACUGUUUUUACGACCUACAACUCUACGGUUGACAGGCGCAUCAAUGGCAGACCAGUUGAUUUGGUCACUAUUGGGGACACUUCAUACAACAAAAUUGAGAGGUCAAUGGCUAUUUUGGAUGUAUUUAUAAAUUUCAUCCAGGUUACUAUGCCGCAGAGUGAUGUUAUCAUACUAACGGAUCCAGCCUCUGAGCUUCCAUUGCACAGAGAUAAGGUUACCAUACAUCCAAUACAAGGUGAAUAUUCGAGGGACAAGUUGAUGCUCCAAAGAAUCAGGUCUUACAUUGCCUUUCUAGAGAUAAGGCUUGAGAAACAGAGUCAGAUGCAGGGGCAAGUCCAUCAUUACAUUUUCACUGACUCAGAUAUUGCUGUAGUAAAUGACCUGGGACAAAUAUUUGCAGACUAUUCUAAUUUUGAUCUGGCUCUCACCUUCCGAAACAACAAAGAGCAACCUCUGAAUUCAGGCUUUAUUGCAGUGAGGGGCACAGCCGAAGGAAUUCUGAGGGCAAAGGCUUUCUUACAGGAAGUAUUGAAAGUUUACAGUUCCAAAUUCAUGAAAGCUUCUCGAAUGCUUGGAGAUCAAUUAGCUCUUUUCUGGGUUGUAAAAUCUCAACCUUCCUUUGAUGUAAGAAGGUUCGCUAGAAGAGAGGCUUUUAUAGAUGAAAUUGGCGGUGCCUCGGUGCUUUUCUUACCAUGUUCUAGUUACAAUUGGACACCGCCAGAGGGAGCAGGUCAAUUUCACGGGAUGCCCCUGGAUGUGAAGGUGGUUCAUUUCAAGGGGUCACGAAAACGACUUAUGCUCGAGUCUUGGAAUUUCUUGCAUUCCUCCUCUUCUUCUGACAUCUCAGAUAUGUUAUGUCUUAUCUUAAAGAGUGGAAGAACGAAAUAUGAUUUUUAAAUCCGAUGUCCACAAGGUUAUAUGACCAUGAAGCUGGAUCCAUCAUGUAAGUUUGCAGGAACUUGACUAAUUCGUUUGGAGUUUGGUGCAGUUUGAUGCACAAAUCCAGGGCCACGUGUAUUCUACCAUCCUUGGAGUCUUUCGACUUGAAUUUUAUCAUACACCUUUUUCUCUCCCCCAGUUACCAUUUGGUCAUGGCCAGUGGGUCUCCCAAGAAGAGAGGAAAUGCAUAUCUCAGAGACAUCUCGUUGAUCAAAAUUUGCACCUGUGCUCGUUGUAAUUGAUAAUUUGCUUCAUUCUUUUUUAGUAGAUUUUCAUCUCAACGUUCAGACUUACGUGGUUGUUUUUUUGUUAUGAAGUGUAGAGUUUUGAGAACAUUUGUGUCUACUUUUAUUUUUCCCAUUUGGUUGAAAUUAUACAACAGUGAACAGUUGUGAAAAUUUGUUGGUUUCCUGGUUUUGAGGUUA